AAAAAUUUUAUUCGUUAUUUUAUAAUUGUCUUUUAAAUUGAAAAUAAAUAAAAUUUAAAUGGCUUCUGGUCAAACGCCUAGACCUAUAUCCAAUACGGCACCAGCUACAGCGGGUAGGAAUCGACAACAACCAACUCCAAUCCCACCAUCAACGACAACAGCUCCUCCAGUUGCAAAUAUCACAACCACCACCACACAAGCUCACGUAACACCACCGACUCCUCCAACAACGCCUAUAAGUCGUUCACCACAGCCAACACCUCAGCCAUUAGCAAGUACCGCAGGACAGCCCACACAAGUACACCCAAUACCUAGAAUCCAUCCAUUACCCCCAGUUACGCCGCCAAACACUCCUGCUGGAGAAAACGUAAAUGAAUUGAUAAUAAUAACCGAAAGUGCUACCUACAAUAAACUUUUGAGUGAUGUGGGGAAUAAAUAUUUACUAGUUGAAUUUUAUGCACCAUGGUGUGGAGCUUGUAUGCUUAUAAAUAGGAAACUUGAAGAACUUUCAGUAUCAUAUUGUGGUAAAUUGAUCAUAGCGAAGGUUAAUAUAGAUGAUUGCGAACAAAUCGCUCUUGACAACAAUGUCAGCAUGAUGCCUUCGUUUAUAUUGUUAAAAGAUAAUCAAAUUUUGGAAAAGUUCGCCGGAAGCAGUGAAGAGAAGUUAGUGAGCAUUAUACAAAAAAAUGUGGGAGACCCAACGAAUGUCGUUAGUGACCCACCAAUGACAAAUCCAACAACAAAUCCAACAACGACAGCUGGACAAGCACAGCUAAGAAUACCUAUUGAAUCGACGGCACAAAUGGCUCAAGCUUCCCCAUUGGCGCCAACUUAAACGGUAUAGAAACAUUUUCAGUAAU